AUGGUAAAUCUAUUGUCAAAGGGGAUCACAUAUACACCCAUUUACAGCAGUUUUUGGACGUGUUGUCUUGUUUUUGAAAACAAAUACACCUAUUCUAAUAAAUUUCUUGUCUUAAUAAGGUCCAUGAAGAUGAUAUACCAAGUUCGACAAGCACCAUUAAAUAGUCAUAGAGCCAGUUCAUUAUCACUACUCAAUUCAUCUUUGUUUGUUAUGUCUUCACUUACUGCAAUAGAUAUUGAUGAGGAAGAUUUCAAUCGAUUUAAACCAUUAUUGCAACAUCUACAAAGAGAAAGCUGA